CGUACUUGUUGACCCAGAUUGGCGAAUGCUCCUCGACCUAGCUCGGUCCUCGUUCCAGCGCCUUCGACAUCCAGCAGCUGCCUUCAUGAGUGCCGCCGACAAUACCGCGAUGCAGCUUCUGUCCGCGUCAGACCUACCUGCGACAAUUCAGUCCUGGGCAUUGUCUGCCCACGUCCAAACGCCAUCGUCGUCCAACAAUGACACAAUCCUGCCCUUGACCAAGUUGCGCACCCAACACCUCGGACGGCACAUCUUGUAUGGCGAGACUCUCCCGUCGACACAAACCCUGUUGCAAAAAGUGUCUCUUGAAUUGCGAUUGACAGACGUGCAGCGUGACUUUCGCUUGGUGUGCUGGACGCCGUCCCAGCAAGGCGGCAAAGGGCGUGGGUCGAACACAUGGGUGUCUCCUCAAGGCUGCUUGACGUUUUCCUUCCAAAGCUCUCUCACCAAUGGCGCGAGCUUGCCGUUUGCUCAAUACCUCGUCUCCCUCGCGCUAGUGCGCACAAUCAAGUCGUUUGCCGCCGCAUCAACUCCCACGAACGUGUACAUCAAAUGGCCCAACGACCUGUACGCCAACAACCUCAAGCUUGGCGGGAUCUUGUGCCAGUCCGAGUACUUUCAAGAGCGCUUCCAUGUGACCACAGGCGUCGGCAUCAACGUGAGCAACCCUGAGCCGACCGUCUGUUUGAACCAGUUGCUCCCGUCCCCUGUCACCAAGGAGACAUUCCUCGUCGAGUUUUGCAACGUGUACGAGCCGAUGGAGGAGCAGUUCAAGAGCCACGGGUUCGCGCCGUUCGUAGACGAGUACACGGCGAACUGGCUGCACACAAACCAAGUGGUGCAGGUCCAGGGCGACACGCCCGGCGAACCACCGAUGAAGGCCACGAUUCAAGGCCUCACGGCAUCGGGGUGCCUCUUGGCCACGAGCGAAAGCGGUCGGUCGUACGAACUGUACCCCGACGGCAACUCGUUUGACUUUUUCGCGGGCCUGUUGAAGCGAAAACUAUAACUUUCUCGUCGAUUGUUUUCAAUAUGGAGAAAAAUACGAUCUUUAAUUGCAA